AUGUUUGCCCAACGCAUUGUGUUGCUGGCUGUCAUUUUCCUUCUCUGGGAGAUCAAUGCUGCCGUAGCCCGCCGACAAGCCGACCAAGUCACCGACGCGAACCGGAACCUCCGCGCAGCCGAUCAGAACCAAGCUGCGUUGGAGCGGCUGCUGUGGUCCUACGACUCGAAAGACGAAGAGAGAAGAUGGGGCUGGUCUGCAAAAGAGCUCGACGAACUUUUCCAGAAGCUAGACAUUGCGACUGGAAGGCUUGACGACAACAGCUCCGCCGCCUCAAAGUGGUUCACAGCCAUUGCCAAGUACAGAAAAGCGAAGAAGGCUAACUUCUGGUAUCCGGAUGACUUCAUUUACGCGAAGUUGCGGGAGACACACUCGGAAGCAGAUAUAGCGGUACUUUGCCAAAAACUCAUGAACACCUCGAAGGCGAAGAAGGUCGCGAAGACCCUGCAGCAUCACCUGUUUCAGGCAUGGAAUAACCGAGGUAUGAGGUUGGAAGACGUCGCAGACCUGUUGGGCGUUCUUGUUUCGACGACGAACUCCGUGCGAUCUGGCAUUCUGGUGGACUAUCAGCUGAAACUUACCGGAGAGGCCGUCACCCGCGUUCGUCAUGGAUAA